GUCUAUAAAUCAAGUUCCCAAUCGACUCAUUGUGUCAGAGUGCAAGAGCAGCCAACCACCUAAUCGAAAUGCGCUUUCAUUGUGACAUGUACGAUGCGGUGCCGAAACCCAUAGUGCUCUUCUUCCUCUACCUCGGCUACCUUAGGUUCUCCGCCUUAGUGGUUCUCCAUUUCCUUGGCCUUUACUCUUCGUCCGAACCGAUCAUCUCCCCGUGGGAAGAGCAUGAGUUUUACUUCCUCGACGACAACGAUGCCGCUGCCAGAGACUCACCGCCGAUGUCGAAGCUUGUGCCGGCCAGCCCUCUCAAGAUCAAGAGGCAGCUGAGAGUGGUUGAAUUCGGUAGCCUAGGAUGGAGGAGCCACGUGGACGAGGACAACGAACCCACGUGUGUCAUUUGCCUAGGCAACUUGGCGGCGCAGGACAAGGUCCGGAAGCUCCAGAACGGUACCCAUGGAUUCCACGUGGAGUGCAUCGAUAGGUGGGUCGAUGCGGGUCAGGCGAGUUGCCCUCUGUGCCGGGCAGACCUGCUGCCCGCAAAGGAGGAUGACAAGUGGCGAAGUUUCCUCGGCCGUCAAAGGUAGACCCGUUCAACUAAUGGCAGCGGACCCAUGCAAGAUUUGGUCCAACUUUCCAAGUGGAAAAUCUCAUUCUAUUAAAUAUACAUCUUGACAUGCGGUUGAACUUUUUUUUUUAAGCAUAUCCUAUACAAGUUUUGUGCGAGAUUUAUAAAAUAAAAAAA